GGGAUCGCAUCUGGGUCUGUAGUGACGCCUCUAGCACGGCAAUGCAGUGCCUUAGACCGCUGCGCUACUCGGGAGGCCUUUAUAUAUUGUUAUAUGGUAUGUGGACAUUAGGACUUGAUUAGUAAAUAUACAAUUUUUACAUUACAGUAAAUGUGUACAGUAAAUAAUAGUUGGCACACUCUGAUGUCCACUACAUUAGAAAUUUAUAAACAAUUAUUUAAUGUGUAGAAAUUAUUACACUUUUUUGAAAACCCCCCAAGUUAACCCACUGUUCCUAGGCCGUCAUUGAAAAUAUGAAUUUGUUCUUAACUGACUUGCCUAGUUAAAUAAAGAUAAAACAAUUACUGAGAUGUUUCCUUACUAAAAACUAUUUUAAUAUCAAACAACUUCGUUUUACCAUAAAAUGUGGUAAUUGUGUUUGGCAGCCAAUUCGAAGAACCAGUAAGAGAAAGUAAAAUGUAUGGCGUCAAUGAUAGGGACCAAGAACUAAUGUCCAUUAGUGGGGACAAAAAUCAGUUGCUGGGUCUCGGUAAAUGAGACAUAUCGUGGGACUUUUAUUUUGAAGUUGUUACGCAUGGGCUUUUCACACGGAUCCUGCAAUCCGGGAUCCUUGGAAGGUCCCUACCCUAAAACCACAGAUAUAACAAUGAACAUCUUUGCUAAAACCCUAACCUUAACCCCUAACCCUUACCUAAAUUUCAAGUGCAAUGGUGUAGGGGCGUCCCAACGAUACCAGAUAGUACUUUUUGUUUUCCUAACCCAAGUUGUCAUGGUGACGACGUGUGUUUGAAGAGGGGGACACGGACUUGCGUCAGGCUACAGCACAAACAACAUACCAACAACAACGUCCAGAUAUUAAUAUUGUUCUUCAAAAAUAAUAAUAGCUAGCUAACCUAAAGCUCAUGAUGGAGGACUCUCCUGAGGUUAUAAACUUCUCAGCGCUGGAGCGGGAGUUGCAGUCUGCUGUUGAAGCGGACAACAAAUACCAAAGAGAAAACGAUGCAAAGUUUCGUGCUCUACACCAGAAGGUCGGAACUUAUGAGGAGUUUAGGGACAUAGUCCUGGCAUCCCACCUGAAACCACUGGACAGGAAGGAUAAAGCCGAAGCUCCUCGCAAACAGCCCUGGAAUGCCCUCGCCUCCACUGACAAAGGGCAGAACCAGACUAGCUGUGAUGAAAUAGGCCUAAAGCCUCAGUUCUCCGAGUUCCAGCCCAGGACAGCGUCAGAGUUCAGCCGGGACUGGCGCAGGUUCGGCAGUGAAAAGCCAGAGGAUAAAUACAGCCUCCUGCUCUCCCUAGGUGGAGAGGGCCUUCGGGACAUCUUCAGGGCUGAGGUGGGGUUUGGCCUGCUGGGGGAGUUCCUCGUGUUUCUAUCCAGUGGUCUCCAGCCUGGGGAUGAGGCCACGGUGAUAGGGGUCCUGGAGGGGCUGUCCAAUACCGCCAGGUUUGGCAUCAAUAUGUCCUUGCUGAGCCGGGCUGAGAGGGAGGCAUGUGGAGAGCUGUUUCAGAACCUGAAAGCAUCAGCAGCGGGGAACAGCAGUGUCAGAGGAUCCGAAGGGGAUGUCGUCGUCCGUGGAAGCAAUGUGGAAGAGAUUAAAGAGACACGAGACGCUGAGGCGGAGACUCUGUUUCCAGGACGGACCAGUGAGGCUGCCGGAAGAAGCAGCGAUACUGAAACUUUAAACGGUAUAAUGCAGUUGUAUGGGGUUCAAACUGUUUCUCCUCCUCAGUAAGAAACAUUACACAAACCCAUAUUGUUUUCAGAAAUAACAAUGACCGUUACUAUAUUGUAGAGCUUAUUGUAGAGCUUAAUGUGGUUGCAAAAACUUUAAUAUCAUUUGUUUGUUUGUUCUUUAUUCUGAAAUGUAUAAUAUGAAUAAGUUAUACGAAGGACAAUGUUCACUACUAUGCAAUGCAGUGUCAUAGUGAAAUGACAUGAACUACCAUAGUAACCAGAGAAUCUCUUUGUGGAUCUCUGAACAUUCUAGAAUACGUAAUGACCCUUUCAUAGCAUAUCUAGAUAGACUAAGGAUAACUUGAAGAUGACAACGAUGGGGCUAGGGACAUGAUGAUUCCUAUAAAACACCUGUCCCUCUUGCUACUCCUCCUCUAGACCCU